GUGGGCGUUUGUCAUUCGUUAGAGCUGGAGACGUUACUACACUUUACCGAGUAGUUACCCACCUUGAGGCAAGGGUCUGGACAAGGAGCGGGACAGUGAGAUGGUAGCGGGACAAAUAGACCAAUUAACUUAUCUCACGCCAGCACCCCUAACCAAUACCCUUGCCUGACCCAUGUCCUACCCAUGCCCUACCCUAGUGUCAUCCUUCUAAUUCCUAGAAGCUGGGUAUGAGGCGUGGGCGAAUUGUCGAGUUCGAGAAUAUGGGCUCACCAGGUCUGACCAGGCAAGGGACGUCACUCAAUGUACUCAAGUUUCACAGGAUCGUUGCUUGGUCUUACGGCGGGCAAGCCAUUCUCGACGGAUAUAAAAUGGCUACUCCGACCUGUUGUUCCACGAUGGCCUUUGAAAAGCAAGCUUCUUCUCUCAGCACACUCACAGCAUACUCAUCACUUCUCUCACCAUGCCCAAAGCCUUGUCAAACGGUCCUCUUGCAUCCCAGCCUACUGGGAGCAAGUGCGAAUUCAAAGCCUACCAUGAGACUAUAAAAGAUGGCGUUCCUAUGUCCGAGCAUAUCCCUGAACCCUUUGCCGAAUAUACCAAGCAUAGCGAUGAUAGCACCUAUGCUUUGGUGAUCAAGAGGUCUUUUAGGGAAGGUUCUUCGAAGAAGACCACCCUGACAGUCAAUUCUCCACACAUCCUGAAGGCAUUUCGAGAUGUCAUCCGCUCCUAUGAUCCCGUGGUGUCUGAUUUCACUUCGUCCCUGCAACUCGAAGCGCCAUUCACCAUGUUGGUGCACUACUGGGAUGAGUUGGAUGAAUAUCGCAAGGCUCUGUGUGACACAGACGGACGCAAGCACGUGGAUCUUCUCUUCGAGUUCAUGGAACGUGAGCUUGGUUCAGACCACAAUCACGCGCUGAAGAUGAUUCAGAAAGGCCAAAUCUCGUUUGACAAUGCCUGGUUCAUCUAUCGACCGGGCGACAUCCUGUACCAAGAGUUCAUGGGUGAGCCAUGGCUUCUCGUAUGCAAGAAAGCAGUAUAUGAAGAGACUCCCGACGAUGGCCCCUAUUUGGAAAUCCAUGCUGUUUAUACGGAUGACAACGGGACUACCGUAGGCGACGCUCCAUCAGUCAGGAAGCUGUUCCAGCGCCUUAUAUUCCCCCAAGGAGCCCCCGUGGCGAUCACAGGGCUAGCGAUAUAUCCGCGUAAGUUCGCGUCAGCCGGGGAUUCUCUCGAACGCCGCCUAAAAGCUAGGGGAGAGAAAUUUUUGGCUCUGAAGGACCGUUCCACUGUGAGAUAUGACGGCUUGGCCGAGUGGCUCAAGCCACCUCCGUUCGACUACUACGACCCAAGUGAUUGCAAGUUCCGUGGUGUCUGGCUGCCGUAUAAGGAGACAGGGCGAGUUAUAUUGGACCGCAAGACCUUCGGAGAGGAGCAACGAAUGAGUCACAUCAAGGUCAAGCUUGCUGAACCUCGGCCAUGGCUCUGUCCUCCAUACACGGUGGGAUAUGCUCCUAGUCAAAAGCGAUGGGUUCGUCUCCUGGUUCAGAACAUCCAUGAUGCAGAUUGGAUCCCAAAUACCUGGGACACGCUCGUUCUUCCGGAGAAGGAGAAACGGCUCCUUCGAUCUUUAGUCACAUCCCAUGAAUACCCGGAUAAUCCUCGAGACCAAGCGCAGCAGAAGGGCAAGGGACUUGUAAUCCUGUUACAUGGUACUCCAGGCUCAGGUAAGACACUCACUGCUGAAGUGGCCGCCGAAGCUUCCCAGAAAGCCCUAUUUGCUACAUCGAUAGGAGAGCUUAACCAAGCGUCUAGUAUGAUUUCCGGCUCAAUGCAAUUCGAGAAAGAACUCAAAAGGGUCCUUCAAUAUGCCACUAUCUGGAAAGGAAUUGUACUGCUUGAUGAAGCGGAUGUAUUCCUAGAGGAGCGGAAAGAUAAUAACACCGAUCGAAAUGCAUUAGUCGCGACGUUUCUUAAGGAAUUAGAGUACUUCAGUGGCAUUGUCUUCCUUACGACGAACCGAGUGAGCACGUUUGAUAAGGCGAUGAAGUCACGAAUCCAUCUCGCACUGGGAUACGCACCUCCUGAGAUCGAUGUGCGCCGCCAGAUUUGGCUGCGAUAUCUCGGCACAGUCCCUGCUCAACAAUCGGUUAUCAAGGCCCAAGAAGCAGCAAAUCAACUAGCUGCUACCGAACUCAACGGGCGAGAAAUCGCGAAUGCAUUCCACACGGCCUGUACGAUGGCACGAUUCGAGCAACAACCACUUGCACUUGCCCACCUCGAGACUGUGCUUGAGGUCAGGCAUAAGUUUGACAAUUGUCUGAGAGACGAGAAAAUGUCGAAGGGUGUAUUGGGUUUGAAUUGGUAGAGUAUUAGAGUUGGACACGCUUGGCCGCAAUCAAUGGUUCAAAAUUAGACAAUGUAGAACUCAGCAUGCCAAUUGAGAAACUUGGCCUUUCUUGAACUCAUCGAGACCACAGAUACAAGUGGCACGGCAAUCUCCGAUAUGUUUACGUAUACGCUGUUCACUGCUCCCCUUGCGUACACCGACAAG